AUGAGUCUGGCUACGAAAACGCAAUCGCAGAAAAUCUUCGAAAAGCUGCGGGCAAGACCUGCGAACAAGAUAUGUUUCGACUGCGGAGCAAAGAACCCCACAUGGUCCUCCGUGCCCUUUGGGAUAUACCUUUGUCUCGACUGCUCGGCGAACCACCGUAACCUCGGCGUUCACAUCUCCUUUGUGCGGUCAACCAAUCUGGACAUCUGGCAAUGGGAUCAGCUGAGGAUCAUGAAAGUGGGCGGGAAUGAGUCGGCGACCAAGUACUUUCAGUCGCAUGGCGGAUCCGCUGCGCUCGCGAGCAAAGACCCGAAGACGAAGUAUACCUCGAACGCCGCCACCAAGUACAAAGAGGAGCUGGCCAGGCGGGUGGCCGCAGACGCGAGACAAUACCCAGAUGAAGUCGUAAUCACCGAUACAGCCGACGCAGAAGCCGAGACUGGCGCAAGCACACCAGCCGGCGAACCGGAAGACGACUUCUUCUCGUCUUGGGACAAGCCCACUGUCAAGCGCCCAAGCAACCCUCCUUCACGGACAGCGACACCAGCAGCGGGCAGCCGCACCGCCUCGCCCUUCCUGAACGCCCCCACAAACGGCAAUGGUACCGCGCGUCCAAAAUCUCCGCUCGCAAGCUCCGAAUCUGCCACCGCACCGGCCGCACCCCGCACAGUCUCCUCAUCCGCCAUAAGAAAGACGACCACAACCGCUGCGCCUCGCAAAGCCAACAUUCUCGGCGCGAAAAAGACAAAGCUCGGCGCGAAGAAGGUUACCGCGAGCGACGGGCUUGAUUUCGAAGCCGCAGAGAAGAAAGCGAAGGAGGAGGCCGAGCGGAUAGAGAAGCUGGGGUACAAUCCUGACGCCGAGGCCGCAGCUACCGAGAACACGGCCAAGAGCAAAGCGCCGGCGGCGGUCGACACGAACAUUGUCGCGCCGACGCCUGUAAGCCCUGCUCGCGCAGGCUUUGGCGCGACGAAGGGAAGGGAGAGGAGCAGUAGCGAGAUGGAGAGGCUGGGUAUGGGAAUGGGACGGCUUGGGUUUGGGCAGGUGGGCGGUAACAAGCCUGCUGCGGCUGCGCCGAAGAAGAUGGGAUUUGGAUCGACGAGCAGAGCCGCUGGACAAGAGGACGAUUCGGAACGCUACGCUCGCGAGAAGUUCGGUACCCAGAAAGGCAUCUCAUCCGACGAGUUCUUUGGCCGCAACGCCUUCGACCCCUCGGCGCAAGCUGAGGCUAAGGGGAGAUUGCAAGGCUUCGAAGGUGCCACGUCAAUUUCCUCAAACGCGUACUUCGGCAGGCCGGAAGAUGAGGGCCCAGCUGAUGAUUAUGGAGAUUUGGAGUCGGCUGCGAAAGACUUUGUCAGGAAGUUCGGUGUCACGGCUGGCGAUGAUUUGGAUAACUUGACCAAUUUGUUGGGUGAGGGUGCCACGAGGCUACAAGGUGCCAUUCGGAACUACCUGAACGGUUAG